AAAAUUGGUCGUGGCAAUAUCAUUUUGUGACAAGCUAUAUAAAGAGCUCAUACACUUCUGCGCUCCGCAUCUAGGGUUUUAGCACUUCCUUUCACUCGCUCUGAACUUUGCCGCCGCAUAGAGAAGAGAACUUCUCUCCGCAUCUGAAACCCUAGCCAUGUCGCUGGUUGCCAAUGAAGAGUUUCAACAUAUUCUUCGUGUCUUGAACACGAACGUCGAUGGGAAACAGAAGAUUAUGUUUGCACUGACCUCCAUCAAAGGUAUCGGUCGCCGUUUUGCCAACAUCGUCUGCAAGAAAGCCGAUGUCGACAUGAACAAGAGAGCUGGUGAACUAUCAGCUGAAGAGCUAGAUAAACUUAUGGUGAUUGUUGCUAAUCCUCGCCAAUUCAAGAUUCCAGACUGGUUCCUUAACAGGCAGAAGGAUUACAAGGAUGGGAAGUACUCUCAGGUUGUAUCCAAUGCAUUGGACAUGAAACUCAGAGAUGAUCUUGAGAGGUUGAAGAAGAUCAGAAACCACCGUGGUCUUCGUCACUACUGGGGUCUUCGAGUACGCGGACAGCACACCAAGACGACUGGACGCAGGGGGAAGACUGUUGGUGUCUCCAAAAAGCGAUGAUCUGGUUCUACUUUUUUUGUGUUCUCAUAUUCUGGAUCUUUUGAGUGUUCGCCGUCUUUUCUUUUCUUUAAAAGAACUUAGCAUGUUUAGAAUUUUCUUUUUGUAAUGCGGAUAUUACUUGUUUUGUUUACUCAUUUGGAUUCAAGAUUCUCUUAGAAAAGUAUUAUUGUGGCCUCUUGAAUGAUAAUUUGAUGAAAAGAAAUGCAUAUGGGGAGUGCUGGUUUGUAUCCUUGAUCCUGAAUGCAGCUGCUCUCUAUAUGAUAGAGAACCAAUUUCA